AUGAGGAUGGCAGAGCCGUGGCGGGCUACGGUGAAGUCGUUGAAGGAGCGCCUGCAGCUGCCCGAGGUGGAUCCACUGCCGAAGCAGGUCAACAUCACGAUGCGGGAUGGGGUGCAGCUGUGGGCCAUGCUUUGGCUGCCAGAGUUUGAUGCGGAUGGCAAGGGCAAGGAGGAGGAGGAGGUGAUUGUGGCUGGCGAUGGCAGGACGUUCUCUGUAGUGGUGGACCGGACGCCGUACGGCAAGGUGAGCACGGACGAGGUGGCGCAGCUCUUUCUUCCGUUUGGCUUUGCUACGCUGGCGAUGAACGAGCGCGGAACGGGGGGUUCUGGCGGGGCGAGCUGGCCGCUGUGGCACACGGCGGCAACGGACAUGCAGGAUACGGUGGCAUGGAUCAAGGGUCAGCCAUGGUCGAACGGACUGGUGUUUGAGGCUGGAGCGUCUGCGGACGGGAUUCUCACGCUGGUCUCGACGACACUGCCGCAGCAGCUCGACGCAGCGUGGAUGAUUUGGUCGACGGCGUUUCCGUAUGUGGCUGCGUGGCAGGGUGGGGCGCAGCGGUGGCAGCUGACGAAGCACUGGCUGGCGCACAUGCAAAAGUGGCGGCCGGAGGCGCCGAGCUACCUCAAGAUCAUGGAGGACCACGAGGCGUGGACGCCGUUCUGGCAGGAGAUCUGUCCCGAUAGUGCGGCGGACCGUGCGGGGAUCAAGUGGCCGAGCGUGUUCUGGGCGGCAGCGUACGACAUUUUUGCGCAGCCGAUGCUCGACACGUACUGGCUGCAGCGCGGGUCUGCGGCGACGCAAACGGCGGACCGGCUCAUUUUCAACACGCGCGGGCACUGCUUUGCAGAAAAGUACUUUGAGUUUCCGGACGAUCGCGACGGCGACAUCUGGUCGUUUGAGCAGGCGGUCAACUUGUUCAAGUCUGUGGAGGCCGGGCACGACGAUGUGGACGCGUUUGCGGAUGCCGGGAUCGUGUCGCCGACGGCGUCGGCCAAGGAGCUCAAGGCUGUGACGAUCUAUGUGAUUGGACCUGAUCCCAAGCUCAAGCCGCCGCCGCCGUCUGUGGCGCAGCAUGCGCGGGCUGACAGCGACGGUGUUGUGGGACGGUACUGGACGACGCUUGACGCGUGGCCUGUGGCUAGCAACGUGUCGUACUACCUCGCGGCCGGCGGCAAACUGGAGACGAGCAGGCCGACGGCGACGACUGCAGAGGUGGCGGGUUACGUGUACAACCCUGCGGAACCUGUGCCGACGCUUGGCGGCAACAACCUGUUUAUGGCGUGCGGGCCGGCGGACCAGCAGUCUGUGGAGUCGCGGUCGGACGUGCUCGUGUUUACGUCUGAGCCGUUCAAGGAGCCGACGGCAAUGGUGGGGCGAAUGGCUGUGACGCUCUUUGUCUCGUCGAACUGCACGGGAACGGACUUUACGGUCAAGGUGACGGACGUGUACCCGGGGACGGGGCUCUCGAUCCUGCUGUCGGACGAUGUGCAGCGGAUGCGGUGGCGGGACGGAAAGGUGACGCCGGUGAAGAUGAAGGACGGCGAGGUGUACAAGAUCACGAUCGAGAUGUGGACGAUGGCGUAUGUGUUCAACGUCGGGCACCGGGUGCGACUCGCGGUGUCGUCGUCCAACUAUCCGCGCUUUUCGGCGAACCCCAACAACGGGCUGCUGGUCAACACGACCGGCCCGGCGUAUGUGGCGCACAACGCGGUGCACUAUGGAUCGGAGGCGAUGCCUGCAGCGAUUGCACUGCCUGUGGUUGCGCUUGAGGAUCUGCCGAGCAAUGUCCGGAGGUAG